AAUUCACAUUGCCGUUCUCCUCAUCCUGCUACACCUCGUCCUCGCCGCCGCAGAAGUCGGCUACGGUCCCGGAUUCGACAUCUGCGGCGACACCUGCCAGACAUCGCUCCGCCUGUUCUGCACCGAGGGUCGCAGUCCACUUCAGCAGUCAUCCUGCUGGUGCAGUAGCACCACCGCCGACGCUUCGGAAUACACCAGUCGACUGGCGGCAUGCUUGGCUACGUGCGAUCCGGCCGUUGUUGGUCGCCAGAGGGAAUUGUUGGGGCGGUAUAAGGAUAUCGUUUGUGCCGGCGAUGCGAGCGAGGACCCUGAGUUCGAGGAAUACUAUCGGGCACGGUUUGGUGCGUUUACGCCCGAUGCGACGAAUGCCGUGCCGCCGCCGGUGAUGGUGACCACGACGGCGGCGGUGUACGAGGACGAGGGUCUCGACUUUGAGUACGAGGACGAGGACGGGCUCGGUCGCCGCCAGCAGCACCUCAAAAGUCUCCUCCCGCAGCUCCCCUCAUCCUCAUUUGCCGCCGCCGCAUCCUCCCUAUCCACCGGCGCAAUAGCCGGAAUCGCUGUUGGCUCUCUCAUCGCAUUCACGAUCCUCCUCCUGCUCGGCGCCUUCCUCGCCCGCCGCCAGAAUUCCUCCACACAAGCUUCCAAGACCCCGUCCCCCGCGCCGCCCUCGCCGCCGCCGCCGCCCAUGAUCGCAUCGCCGCUCAAUGCAGCCGGCACCUGGCCGCCACCGAGCCAGAUCCAGCGGCGCGUGUCGAUCUACUACUCGCCGGACGACAUCAACGCUGCCACGAUCCCCAUUCCGGCGGUGCGGGUGACGGCGCCGUCGCCCAGUCCUAGCGGGCGGAGCUACGGCUACGGCGGGGGAGGUGGAGGUGGAAGUGCAGGUGCAGGUGCCGGUGCCGGUGCGGGUGCAGGAAACGCGGUACGGAACAGUGCCGUGACCGAGUUUGAGGAGGACUGGAGCGGCAGUGGUAGUGGCAGCUCGGAGUGGACGGAUGAUGAGCGGCAUCAUGCUGAGAGUGUUAGUGAGUGUGAGAGUACCAGUGGUAGUGGUAGCGGGGAGGUGAACAGGUACUGGAAUGUCGAUCUCAGGGAGCAGGAGGAAAGGUAUCCGUAUGAGGUGCGGCAGCAGCGGCGGCUGCCCGGGCCGAGUGAGCAGUACGGGUAUCGUUACGGGUACGGGAGGAGUUGGGGGGCGUAGAUGGUAUCUUCUUGGAGUUUUUUUCCUUGCGUUGGUGGUGGUUGUCUCUGCUUUUUUGUUUUCUGCUGCAUCUGCAUAUUCUCGAGUUUUGUCUGCGGUUGGGCGUUGGGGUUUUGCUUUUGCUUUUGCUUUGGUUGGGUUAUGAUCAUGAUCGGUGUACGCAUACAGUGGUGAUCCGUGGAGAGAAGAGGAUUGUACGUUUAGUUGAUGUGGGGGCUGGAUAUCUACAGUAAUAGAGUAACAAGGAAAGAAAC